AGCACGAGUAUGGCUAAACUCAUCCAGAUCCUUGUAGUGGUAUUUUUCUUUGCAGCAAGUUCUUGCGCGGCAACGGAUUCUAGCAGUCACUUUACAAAGUGCACUGAAGUUAUUAGCUUCUACCUCCAAGAUCUCUUCUUCCCAACGCCCGGGGUGAAUGUCACCACGGCAAUUGUUCUUCCAGGCACGAACAACGCCACCAUGUUUGGAAUGGUGGCCAUCAUCGAUGACAAGCUGACAGAAGGCCCCUCGAUCGACUCCAAGCUCGUGGGAAGAGCCAAAGGAAUAUUAGCAUUCGAUUCUAUCAGCAACAUCAGCCUCCUGGCAAGCAUCACCCUGGAGCUCGAGGGGCGAGAUGGAAACAUCAAUCUACUGGGCCAGAACCGCGCUCCGGAUCCGCAGAGGGAGAUUUCAAUCGUGGGAGGAAGUGGAGAAUUUAGAUUUGUUCAAGGAUUUGCAACACUGAGAACGCAUUCUCUCGAGCCUUACGGCGCCAAGAUCUUUUGGCAGUUGCAUGUGAUCAAACUGUGGGACUGCUUGUUCAACUCCCAGGUGUAGAACCGAGAUUUCCUGUCCUAAGAAGAAUAAAAAGAGCAGCAUAUGAUUCUUGAAGUGAGCAUAAAAUUUUUCAUGUUUUCGCUGGUGAACCAUAUUUGCUUAUCUAUUUCUG